UGAAUAUUAUUAUUUUUUAAGUUUUUAUUAUGAAUAAGUCAAUAUGUACCUUAGUUAGUUAUAACUGUAAGUCGGUUACUCGCUCGGUGGACUACAUCAGAUUGUUAUGUCAGAAGGUGGAUAUUUUGGCAUUGCAAGAGACCUGGCUUUUUUCUCACAAUUUACCAUUUCUAGGAACCAUUGAUGAUGAUUUUGGUUACAUAGGUUCGUCGGCCAUGGACACCUCCGUUGGCUUAAUACAAGGGAGGCCGUUUGGAGGGGUCGCACUUCUAUGGAGAAAGAGUGCGUUUGACUCUGUUUCGGUCGUCCACUGUGUGAGUUCUCGUCUUGCGGCUAUUAAUGUAAAAGUUCGAAACCGGUCUUUCCUAGUAUUCUCUGUUUAUAUGCCAGUAAACUCGGCAGAGAAUUUAAUAGAAUUUACGGAUUGUUUAAGUGAGAUGAAUGCCAUUGUGGAGAAUAGUCGGGUUUCAUCUGUAUACAUGUUGGGAGAUUAUAAUGCGCAUCCAGACAGUUUGUUCGGCCGUGAAAUGUUAAAAUUUUGUGAUGAUCAAUUGUGGCUUUGUGCGGAUAUAGACAGACUAGGAGUAAGCUCUGGUACGUUUACGUUUAUUAGCGAUGCCCAUGGCAGUACUCGCUGGCUCGAUCACUGUCUGGUUACCCAGGCAGCGGAGCAAUCGGUAACUGGAGUACGGGUGCAUUAUGGCACGACGUGGUCUGAUCACCUAGCGUUGCAGGUUGAGUGCGACAUAGAUGUCUUGAGACCCCAUCUUGCUCCUAGGAUACCUGUGUUUGAUAAGGUGCGGUGGGGGGUUAGGAAUGCUGCGCAAAUCGAAAAGUAUAUUGGCCUGUGUAACGCAAAACUUCGCGAGAUUGACUUUCCGCAUGAACUGUCUAACUGUUGCGAUAGGUUGUGUAGUGACGUUAAUCACAGAGCCAUAAUUGAUCGUCUCUAUUUGGAUAAUGUUGAGUCUCUGAGGUUUGCGGCUGUGGAGAGUAGUUGCGGGACGCCUAGACGGAAGCGUGGUGUGGUUGGCUGGAAUAAACAUGUUUAUCUGGCUCAUAGGGAUGCCAGGCACCAUUUUCAGUGUUGGUUGAUGUAUGGGAAACCGUCUUGUGGGCCUUUUUACGCUCGCAUGGUGGAGUCAAAGCGUAUAUUUAAAUCAAGGCUGAAGUGGUGCCAGGACAAUGCCGAACAGAUAAGGAUGGAUAUUCUGGCAGAGCAACACGCUAAAAAGGACUUCCGCAAUUUCUGGAAGCAGACUAAUAACCUCAACCCUAAGCCGCGCGCCCCGCUCAAUGUUAAUGGUAUCAGUGGGCCGGUGGAAAUAGCUAAUAUGUUUAAAGAUAGCUUUAAAGUUGAACCACUGCAUAUCACGUCUCCUACCGUUCGGACAGGUUUGAGGUGCACGUCGGGCCCACUUAUUACCUUUUCAGCUGGUGAGGUCGCCUCUGUCAUACGUAGUAUGUCGAAGGGGAGAUCACCGGGUCACGAUAGCAUAAGUAUUGAGCACCUUAAACAUGCCGGUGUACAUCUGCCGCGCGUAUUGUCCAUGUUUUAUACGUUGUGUAUACGGCACUCUUACUUACCGGACGAGUGUAUGAAAACGGUGGUGGUGCCAAUAAUCAAAAAUAAAACCGGUGACUAUUCGGAUAGUUCCAACUUCCAACUAUAGGCCCAUAUCACUAGCUACUACCAUUGCCAAGGUACUGGACGGUCUGCUUGAUCGACAGCUUAGUAAAUAUGUUAAAUUGCAUGAUGCUCAGUUUGGUUUUCAGCCUGGGCUGUCGACUGAUGCAGCUAUUUUAAGUCUCAAGCAUACUGUCCGGUACUAUACUGAGAGAAAAACUCCAGUAUACGCGUGUUUCUUGGACUUAUCUAAAGCUUUUGAUAUGGUGUCCUAUGAGCUUCUCUAUGCCGACGAUAUGGUGCUGUUGGGGCCCUCUGCGUGUGCAGUUAGUAGGCUGCUUGGCAAAUGUGAGAGGUACGCGGUGGCUCAUGGACUUAAGUACAACACGACGAAGAGUGAGGUACUCGUAUUUCAGUCGCGCGGUUUUAAAGUGGAUAGGGUUCCGAAUAUUAUGUUGAAUGGAGUACCACUAAAAAGAACCGCUAAAUUUAAGUACUUGGGUCACUGGGUCACGGAGUGUCUCUCGGAUGACCUGGACAUUGAGAGGGAGCGUAGGGCGCUGGCUGUUCGGGGGAAUAUGUUGGCCCGCAGGUUUGCGCGAUGCAGUAAUGAAGUUAAAAUUACUUUGUUUAAGGCGUUUUGCCAGUCUUUUUAUUCGUGCUGCCUGUGGGUGAACUAUACUCAGCGGGCAGUCAGUGCCUUAAGGGUGCAAUAUAAUAACACGCUCAGGAUGCUGUUGGGACUGCCCAGGUGCUGCAGCGCAUCGGGCAUGUUUGCGGAAAUGCGAGUAGACGGCUUCCAUGCCAUUGUUCGAAAGCGG